UGCCCCUAGCCAUUUCUAUCGAACGUAAACCCUAGACAGUAUCUUUCUUUUCUCCAUCUCCCUCUCUCCCGUACGCGGCAGGGCAGCCGGCCGGCGAGCUCCCCUCCGCGCUCUUCUCCCUUGCGGCGGUCCCGAACGGGAUUCUCCUACUCUCUCCUCCCGCCGCCUGCGCUGAUCUCCCGCGAGCAGGAGCGCGGUCGCUCCUCACCGUUGCAGGGGAAGCAGGUUGUGCAGGAGUCCAGGAACUCAAAGAUGAACAAGGGCAAGAUUUUCAAGCUAGCAAAAGGAUUCAGGGGAAGGGCAAAAAACUGCAUAAGGAUUGCUAGGGAGAGGGUGGAAAAGGCAUUGCAAUAUUCAUACAGGGAUCGGCGCAACAAGAAGAGAGACAUGCGGUCUCUUUGGAUUGAGCGCAUCAAUGCUGGUACACGACUCCAUGGGGUGAACUACGGUAAUUUCAUGCAUGGACUGAUGAAGGAGAACAUCCAACUCAACAGGAAGGUACUUUCAGAGCUGUCAAUGCACGAGCCAUACAGCUUCAAGGCUCUUGUUGACGUCUCUCGCACUGCAUUCCCUGGAAACAGGCCUGUUAAGGAGGGACUAGCAAGUAUUCUUUAAGAAAAAAAAUCCCCAAUAAGUUGUUUUACCUGUUACAAUCAUGUCAGAAUGUAGCUGGUAUUGUUGCCUGAAGCCUAACCUUACAGAAAUUGCACUUGUCAUACUAUGUAAUUCUGUUUGGUAAGCUGUGGAACAGAAACAUCUAGUUACAUGUGUUCUUCUUACCCGUUUCUUUUUAGGAGAAUGUGGUCUGUUUACCUUGGAUAAAUAUAACAGAGUUGAUUAUAAA